AUGAGUGGCUUUGGCAAGGUGAUGAAGGAGGGCUGGCACCCCAAGAGCCGAGAUGGAGGAAAGGAGAGCUGGCGGGGUGACUUCAAGGGCAUCAAUCAAGUGGCCGGAUGGAUGGGUAAAGGCCGCGACAAAGACAGCGAAAAGCAAGAACAUGUUUCCGCCCCAUUGUCGUCCCUCAAGGAUCCCGCCUCAUUUGGUCCGCCUCCGAGACAUGUCAAAUAUCACGGCCCAGGCGCCCUUCCGAACGAGACGACGCCGGAUCGGAGAGGGCUCGGCGCCCCUCUGUCUCAGGAGCAGAUCCAUCACCAACGUCUCCAGCAGGAACAGGCCGAGUUGGAGGCCCAACGGGCUCAGGAAGAGCAGGCUCAGAAACCCGCCCCUCCACCACUCCCCUACCGUGCCAAUCGAACCGGGGUCGAUCCCAGUACUUUACCCCCUCCCCCGGUCCGGCGGAUCAACUCCCCUGCAGAGUCCGUCAUCUCGGCCAACUCCCCUCGACCACGACCCAGUAUUCCACCCCGGGUGCCUGCCCGCACCGACUCUACACCGUCUUCCCAUGCGCCUACCCCACCCCCGGCAUAUUCACCUCAGCCUUCACAACAGCCUCUGGAGGGAUAUCUGAAUCAAAAUGCUACGUCCAGUCUCUCGCGGGCCGGCGUGUCUGUUCCGGCGCUGGGCAUUGGCAAUGGGAGCAGUCAGAACCAUUCUUCGGGCACCACCUCCACCCGCAGCGGCUACGCCGGACAGCCUCCUGCGAACGAACUCCAGACAAGGUUCUCCCAGCUGCGAACCAACUCAUCGGCCCCAUCACAGACACCUUCCCCGCCGGCUCGGGGAGACACGUCUCAGCAGGCCUCGUCAAUGUCACCCUCUGCCACGCAGAGUGCCUCGUCCGCGUACCAUGAUUUCCGCGAACGGCACGGCGACAAGAUCGAUGCCGGAAAGCAGAAGAUUAGCGGACUGGGGUCUCGCAUCGGAUCGUUCAUUGACGAUCGGAGGUCAGCGCCGUCAGCCCACAGCCCGGUGUCGAGUGGGCCAACGAUCCCCCCACAUCCGAGUCGGACGGCUACUACUAGUAGCGUUGGAUCGGAGGGAGGUCGUAAGAAGGCGCCACCACCGCCGCCCCCCAAGCGCUCGGACAUACGGUCGACGCCGGUGAGCAAUAAUACGAGUUCACCAGCGCCUCCGCCGGUGCCGUUGAACACGAAGCCUCGCUGA